GCGACGGAGCCCGCGCGGCCUGGGCCUGAGACAAGAUGGCGGCGCUGGGCGGCGAGUUCUUCAGUGUGGGCAGCCAAGUGUCGUGCCGGACUUGCCAGGAGCAGCGGCUGCAGGGCGAGGUGGUGGCCUUCGACUACCCCAGCAAGAUGCUGGCGCUCAAAUGUCCUUCUUCCAGUGGCAAGCCCAACCAUGCAGAUAUCUUGCUUGUAAACCUACAGUACGUUUCAGACGUGGAAAUAAUCAACGACCGCACAGAAACCCCCCCUCCUUUAGCUUCACUCAAUGUUAGCAAGCUUGCGAACAAAGCACGGAAUGAGAAGGAAGAAAAGCUGAGCCAGGCAUACGCAAUUAGUGCUGGGGUCUCUUUGGAGGGACAGCAGCUUUUUCAGACUAUACACAAGACCAUUAAAGACUGUAAAUGGCAAGAGAAGAAUAUAGUUGUGAUGGAAGAGGUCGUCAUUUCCCCUCCGUACCAAGUGGAAAACUGUAAAGGGAAAGAGGGGAGUGCCCUAAGUCAUGUACGCAAAAUAGUCGAGAAACAUUUUAGAGAUGUCGAAAGCCAAAAGGUGAUGCAGCGUUCACAAGUCCAGCCAACACAGAAGGAAAGUGCCCUCUCGUCCUGAGUCCCACCUGCCCUUCCUUGGUUGCGACAGAUUGCGCGUGCGGGGGGGAUGGGGUGGGGUGGGGGAUACCCUUCGAACACGCAGCAGCAGAUGACAUAGACCUCUUCUGAGAGGUCUGGGGAGAGCAAGGGGAGGGUUCCAUUUCUGUUUCCGUGGCGGCCCUGUAACGAUGGGACCCGCAGCUUCCGAACUUUAGACUUCAAAAACAAGAGAAUAAUUUAAAACACUCAUUCAUUACUUGACUAACAGGUUCUUUCAUUUCCGCCCCGCCGGGUUUUCCCCCUAGAACAGUCAGCUGGGUUGUAUUUGAGUUUUCUCUCCCUCCCGGAAUCCUCUCAUUGUUUUUAGCUUUAUUCAAAUUGAUUCCGCACCAAGCCCUCCUUCCUCCUGUAUCAUAGGAGAAUUCAGCUCCCCAAUGUCCUAUUAAAAAAAAGAAAUAGAGAAAAGAAAGAAAAUUAACAAGCUGACUGUGGUAAUGUAAUCAGGACCUUUCGUGUGACUGGCGAUCUUGUUUUGGUUUUUGUUUGCACAGGGCAAGGCUUGAAUUAGCCUUAUUUUUCUUAUCUCAAAAUUAUAUAUAUAUAAAUAUAUAUAAAAAAAUGUCCUUUAAAUAUUUUCUGCUUCUUGCAGUACUCUGAACCGGGAUCAUGGCAAAAAAAAAUAUAUUCAAGCUUAAACCAUCAGAUCUCCAUCAGUGGGUGUUUUUAUGCAUAAUUAUGGAGGUCGGGCACUACGUCUACCCUGUCUGCGGUGAUAUUGGAGAGGCAAACAUACAUUUGAUCUUUACGCUUUAUUCUUUUAGUCUUUUACAAGUUGAUUUUUUAAAGUAUGUGCCCAUAGAUCUGAUCUCUGGAAAUACCAUUAGAUUGGCAUGGCUUUUUUCCUCUCAGCCCAUGAUAUCGUUGGAGCAGUUUUGGUCUUCUUGGGGAGCUGGGGAUGAGGGGGUUAUGUUAGCUUUUCCCUCCCAAGGCUUUGUAGGUUGGGCAUUAUUCCCGGAUGAUGCUUUUUGGCCUUUGGAAUCCCAACCAGAUGUUGGAGGGCAGGCGUGAAGAGGCUUGGGUCAAGCACACCCAUAGGCAUGUUCAGUCCAAAUCUUCUGCAGUUCACUCUUGAAUAAAGAAGACAGUGCUAGUGAAUGAACACGCUACUGGGAUGUUUGCAGUACCUUCAUUUUUCCCGCAGUGUAAAAAUGCCAGCGUGUUUAACUUUUGCAACUCCUCUUGAGUCGCUCCAACAGGCAUGGCAUCCAUCGUUUGAAUCCCUCCUGUGGGACGUUGCUGCAUGCCAUGUUUGAAGCAAAACCCUGCUAGUGUCAAGGCAGCCUCCCUGGCUCCAUUGUUUUGAACAUAACUUCAGCAGAUGAGCCUCGGGGCCAUUGCGCUGAAAGAUUCAAAUAGGACGCUGGCAAAAAUAGUCUCCCGUAGCUGUGAGUGGUAGAAUACCCAGUGUAGCACACUUCUCUUUAGUCGUCCUUGGCUGAAAUCUCAUGGACCAACACAUUGAGCCCAUUAUUUCUCGAACACAUCCUGGAGUUUCUGAUCAGCCCGAGUCUUGGCCAUAGAUCGAGCAUCUGCUUUUGUCUAAUCAGCAUCUCCCGGACUGACCUCUCAUUGUCUUCUGUUAAUCUGAUUUGCCUUAGAAAUACGUUGGGGUGGACAAAGUAUAAGAAGUCGAGGAAAAGGUGGGAUUACAAAGGACAUUUUUUUUUUGCCAGGAUCCCUUUCCCCUUCUCCCUUUUGUGUGUGUGUUUGUUUUUUUAAAAAAAACAAAUGGAUCAAAAUUUAAAUAAUUCAAGCCCUGCCUUUGAGAAUGGAGGGAUUUUUUUUAGUAUUGUCUAGCAAAACCAAUAAAAAAACCCAGAAUUUUUUUAACCAUCAAACAA